CAGAAAGGAAGGGAUAAAGAGAAAGAGAGAGAGAGAAGAACCUGCCCUGCAGCUGAUAACCUGUCAACUUGCAUCAGAAUCCUGUGUUCGUGUACUGACAUCGCCUUCCAGACAUCCCAGAUUCAGGACAGGCGCACUUCUCUGCUGAGGCUGUUCCUUGGCAAUAUACCACAGACAUGACAUCAUUCCCAUUGUUGUUGUUCCUGGCUGCUCUGUUGCCCCUAUCCCUUCUUCAAUAUACCUAUGAGAAACUAGUCUUUGAGGAUUUGUCAACCACUAAACCGUCAGUUAGAGAUGAUAUUGUAUUGUCACACCUUGAAAUGAGAUUUCACUUACCUGGUAGUGACAUACUGAAGAUGGUGAGGACUCACAGCUGGACACUGCAUCUGGAGAGCUAUGUUUGGAGCCUGCAGAUAACACUUGGCUUCUCCUGUGUGAUUCAGAUGUGGAACGAUGAGGCCCAAGUAAAUGCACAGGCCUAUGCAAACAAGUGCUCUUAUCAACAUAGUUCUCAGGAAUCCAGAAAAAUCGAAAACUUAAGAUGUGGUGAAAAUAUCUUCAUGGCAUCUUACCCAGCAUCAUGGUCUGAGGCUAUCCAAAGCUGGUAUGAUGAAUCCAAAAAUUUUAAGUUUGGUUCAGGGCCAACAACACCGGGUGCGGCAGUUGGACAUUAUACUCAGCUAGUUUGGAAUUCUUCUCACCAACUUGGAUGUGGAGUCGCGGAGUGCCCUGACAACCCAUUGAAAUACUUCUAUGUUUGUCACUAUUGUCCUCCUGGUAAUUUGCUGAACAGGCUAUACACCCCAUACACAGUAGGAGACCGAUGUGGCAGUUGUCCUAAUGACUGUGACGAAGGAAUGUGCACAAACAGGUGUUACUAUGAAGAUAACUAUUCUAACUGUCCAUCUUUGAAAGCAUCGGUAACCUGUCACCAUCCGCUGACUGUUGAAAACUGCAAAGCUACAUGCUUCUGUGAAGGCAAAAUUCAUUAAAUUUCUAGUGCACGAGACCAGGGCCAUGUGCAGGAAAACCUCCUCCCCACCUUAGUCUUCUCACAGUUCACCAGGAAAUUCUAGGUAUAAUACACUCAAAUGAUUCCAAACAGUAAAGAUUCAUUUUUUCUAUAUCAUCUCAUUUAGCAGAAAUAAUCCAUAACCAAAUAUUUUAAAAUAACAAAAUCAGUAACACCUUUGGGACUUGACCUCUGAAUUCUGUGAUGAAUUUAAGCAAUUCACUCAAACCCAAGAUCAUAUGUAGUUUGUCUGUAUGACUAAGGUCACUAAAACUCUGUCUUGGGAGCAAUAAUCACGUUCCCAGAACACAAUGAAGUAAAGAAACAGCAUAUACUUCCACUGUAGCUUUUAGUCCUCUUUCCUAGCACUACCUAGCUAACUAUCUCCAAAAACAAAUGUGAAUUAGCUCUCUUUGAUUUCUUCUCAGUAUUUACUCCUCUUCACAUUCCCCAGAACUAGAAUUUCAAAUUCUGAACUUAAAUUUGCCUUUAAUUGUUAGGUAUUUCAUGUACCCUUUCAAAAUGUAAGUUCAUGAACAGAAUUUGCUUUUUCAAAUGACUCCAUUGACCUUGGUUUCUUUUUAAAAAUUAAAUAAAUCUCAAUAUUUGCA